AUGGCUGCGGUGAUUGAUUUUGUGUCAGAUUCAUCGCGCUUUCACCCUCAUACAAUGAUACCCGGCGCAGGGCAUCAUGGAUCUUCAGAGGAUUCACCAUAUCGACAACCUUCCAGGUCCAGAGUCGAACCUCCACUCAGUUCGAAACCCCACCCCACAUCAGUAAAUGAUGGUACCCCUCCUCCAAGCGCAAACACUCAUGCCAAAUACGCCGACUCUCACGAUGUAGACCACCGCACAAGAGUGAAGUCUGAACCUAUUUCUCCUCCUUCGAGUUCUAGUCCAAAUCCAGGUUCAUUUUCAAGUCAACAAAACUUUCCACCAUCUUCAGGUCCUCAUGCACGACCUGAACAUUCGCAUACAAUGAGUACGGAUUCUCUCCUUAAAUCUCGAAAUACUUGUGCGACUUCUGAACGGACUAUUACGAGAUCAGCAAAGUCUCUUGAUGAUGUACAAAAAUAUGAUGGUAACACGAUCAAAGUUCGAGAUCUGGCACAUAUCGAAAGUUUUGCCAGCGAAGAAUUCCUUUCAUUUAGAGGUCAACCUGGAAGUCAACGUACAGCAGAUGAUCCUGGAUUAAAAUACGAGAUUAGUGGCAUGCCCAUUACGGAUAUUAUUGAAAUGGUAGCUGGACUUUUGACCAAAAUCACCACCACAAACGAUCGUCAACAUGAAGCCUUGCAGAGAGGCAUUCCAUCUUCCGAGAACACAAGCAAUCUUACUGGACUUUCCUCGAGCGUAUUAGCGUUCCAUGGAAAGAAUGUGCCUAGUAUUACGAUUUUGAGUUACUUAACUAGAAUACACAAGUACUGUCCAACAACAUACGAGGUGUUCUUGAGCUUGUUGGUCUACUUUGAUAGGAUGACGGAGAGAGUUAACGCAGCACCAAUAAAUGCUAUGCGACGAGAAUCAAUGGAUCAGGAUAAUUCUCGACCUUCGUCUACUUACUCCGCCGAAGGUUCCGAUUUGGCAGAUACUCCACCAGGAGCUAGAAGCGUUCCUGAACUCAAAUCAGAAUUUGAAAAUGCUCAAUACACUCAUUCACCUGGACCUGACCCUGGAUUGGCUCAGUUCCCUCUCUCACACUUCUUUGUAGUUGACAGCUUCAAUAUUCAUCGUUUGGUUAUUGCUGGUGUUACUUGUGCAAGCAAAUUCUUUUCUGAUGUAUUUUAUACAAAUUCUAGAUACGCCAAGGUUGGUGGAUUGCCAUUGAAUGAACUAAAUCAUUUGGAGCUUCAGUUCUUACUAUUAAACGACUUCCGAUUAUCCGUCCCAGUAGAAGAAUUGGAAGCUUAUGGCACAAUGCUUGUGGAUUUUUAUGCUCGAGAAAUCCUUGAUCAAAAACAAGGAAAUGGUAUGACAGGAAGUGCAUACAAACAAGAGACAUCUUGA